CAACCACCCCUAGAAAACCUUACACAAUGACCGCCACUUUGCCCGUGCCUCUAAAAUUCGGUAUCCACAAGCAUCAGCCCCAGAUGGAACCGAUGGUGCUGGACGAGAAAAGGAUCCCGCCUCGCCGUCAACAGCCAUCUACACUGCCAUCCCACCACAGUGGAUACAUCACCCGCCAAGUCGGCGGUGAAUUGAAUCUAGAGCACUGCACCGACCUUGAAAUCAAACCUCCGGGCCCCGGCGAAGUUGUCGUGAAACUUCUCUACCUAGGCAUUUGUCGGACAGACGGCUGCUUCGCCCUCGGUGAACCAGACCUCCCGCAGACCAACUUGAUUGUCGGCCACGAAUCCCUCGGCACUAUCGUUGUCUCCCCCUCUGACUCGACCCUCCUACAGACCAUCGUCGCUACCCGAUUCCUUGUAUCCACCUGCGGCACCUGCAGUUACUGCAUUCGUCACCUCCCCGAAUCCUGUGUGCACCGCACAACCUAUCCCGCCCUCACUGGUACCAUGCAGGAGUACAUCACUGUCCCCUAUCGACACCUCCAACCACUCCCACAAGACUACGUGACUCAUCUCCGGGCCGAUGGUGGCAUGGCACUUUAUGUCGCAGCGUUCUGCUCUGGUGCCGCCGCUCUGAAGAGCCUGCGCACCGCAGCACCGCGGCUCGGCGAUGUAGUGCUGGUAUCUGGGGUGCUUGGGGCGAUUGGCCAUCUAGUCGGCAUGAUCGCCAAGAAGGUGUAUGGGGCCCGGGUGGUCGGGGUAGAUUUAGGGUGGAAGUGGAAUCGCCUGAACACGGUGCCGCAGAUGAUCGAGACGACCAGUGGGGAUGGGUGCGUGGGGUUUGAUUUGUCGCAAGAUCGUUUCCUACGGCAAUUGGAGAGAGCAUGUGCAGAGCUCCGAAAGGAAGACGUGACGUUCACCCCGGCUGGACGGGCAGAUUCGGUGAUAGUGUGUGCCAGUUCAGCGGCGGCAUUCCAGCGGCUUGAGGACCUGGUACGGGACGGGGGAAGUAUCAUUAUUGUUGGAGCACCCCGCGGACCCUGUAUGGUACAGGUGCCCCUGCGGAGUUUGCUGGACCGCCAGCUGCGCAUCCAGGGUUCCCUGAUGGGCACCUGGGAGGAGUCCCUGCAGGUCAUGCAGUGGAUCCACGACUGCACCAUCACCCCAUACGUGCACAAGGUUAACCUGGCCGAUGCAGGGCGACAGCUUUCUGAUUGUGUGGAUUGCAAGACAUUCGGAAAGGGAAUCAUACGUAUUCAUUCUUAA